GUUCGAACCCCAGAAAAAAGAAACAACUGCACAUCCAAGUUGAUAACACACAUCAAAAGCUAUAUAAAGAAAUCCACAGAAAAAAAAAAUGAUUCCAAUCUGAUCUAAAACAACGUUCUCUGAAGGCAUCUCAGUUUCAAAAAGCUCAAAUUUUUAGCAUUGGAAAUGCAUCAGAAACAGUAGAGAGAGCUUCUGAGCAGACAGCAAAUCAGUUAGUCUAACUUCCACUUCCACCACCAAAUCCUCACCCAACUGGCUCAACCAGUUUCACCCAAUCUUUGAAUCAAGAUUCAAUCUUUUCUUCUACCCAUCACCCAAUUAUCUGAACCCAUCAAACCCAUUUCAAGAAUGCAUCUACCCAUCUCAAUCCCCCAACAAAAUAUGUCUCUCACCUUCCCAUAAGAGACAUAAUGGCUCAAAGCUUGAGUCUUUCUCACUCCCCAACUCUGUCAUCUCUUCACCACCAGCCCAGUCCUUUUGAACCCACAAUUUUUAAGUCAUCUGAGUCUUCUUCAUACCCAUUUUCCCUCUGUUCUUGCUCACUCCCAGUGAUUUUAGCCACAAAAAGGAUCACUCUUAGGCUCAUUCACCACUCUUACCAUUCCUCUUGGCUCAGAGUCCAUAUGAAGCUGUUUGUGCUGUUUUCUUUGCCCACCCUUUACUUGACCACAACUUAUUACUGGCCUUUCUUUAUUAGCUUUCUUUGCAUUGUUUCUGUUUUUCUCCUUGUGGUUUCACUCAAUCUAGCCCUGCAGAGGGUCCCCUCAAUCCGGUGGCUGUUUGGGAGAACAUUGUGCAUUAAGUUCUCCUCUCCAGCUUCUGGAUCAAAGCCCCUGCCAAGGGUUGUUUGGUCAAUUGGGUCUAAGCCUAAAUUGAUUAAGAAGCCAGAUUCAGGUUGUUGGGUGCAGGUUUAUAACAAUGGGGAUGUGUAUGAGGGUGAAUUCCACAAAGGGAAGUGUUCUGGAAGUGGGGUGUUUUACUACCAUUUGAGUGGGAGGUAUGAGGGGGAGUGGAUUGGUGGGAAAUAUGAUGGAUAUGGCAUCGAAACAUGGGCGAAAGGGAGGCGAUAUCGGGGGCAGUAUAGGCAGGGAUUGAGGCAUGGGGUUGGGGUUUAUAGGUCUUAUACUGGGGAUGUGUAUGCUGGGGAGUGGUGUAAUGGGCAGUGUCAUGGCUGUGGGGUUCAUACUUGUCAGGAUGGGAGCACCUAUGUUGGUGAGUUCAAAUCUGGUGUCAAACAUGGACUUGGCUAUUACCAUUUCAGAAACGGUGAUGUAUAUGCAGGAGAAUAUUUUGCAGACAAGAUGCACGGUUUUGGGGUCUAUCGGUUUGGGAAUGGACAUCAAUACGAGGGAGCCUGGCACGAGGGAAGAAGGCAAGGUUUUGGGUUGUAUACUUUCAGACACGGGGAAACUCAGUCUGGCCACUGGCAAAACGGAGUUCUUAAUGGCUCGACUUCUCCUAAAAUUCGUAAUGGAUCUUCCAUCACAGACGACCACUCUAAAUUGCUUCACGCUGUCCAGGAAGCGAAGCGGGCUGCUGAGAAAGCUAUUAACGUGGCAACAGUGGACGAAAGAGUAAAAAGAGCGAUUGCAGCAGCUAACAAAGCGGCAACUGCAGCGAGAGUGACAGCCGUGAAGGCAACCCAGAAUCAGAUGCAUCCCGACAAUAACCAUAGCGGUACCCAUUGCCUGAGCCUGCAGGCAUAACGGAAACUACAGAUUCCGUGCUUCUAUUACAAUCCAUUUCCUCGUGAUAUUUGCUCCAACUUGGCUUCGAUUUUUACCUUCAAGAUAGUCAAACAGCGAGGCAUUUGCUUGGAACCACCUUCGGUUUUUGCUGACUGUGGAGCAAGUUAGGUUCCUCGGCUUCCUCCCAUUUAUAGGCCCGAAAGUAUGUACAUGUAAUAGCUUGAGGUUUAUGAGCAGAAGAAGAAAAGAGACACUUGGAGCGUUGGCGCUGGACUCGUGUCUCGGGUGAGGUUAGAAUGGUCAUUAGUUUUUAUUUCAUAUGGAAGGUCAGAACUAUGUAGUGUAGCUAUUUGGCUUGUUCUAAUGAAUAUUGCCAUGUUUUCUACAUGUAUCUCUUGGGCUCAUGCUAUAUAUAUAUAGUGAUUGGAUAACAA